CAUGGCUUAAUGAGGGUGAGAGCUUUUUAUUUAUUUAAAUGCUUAAUUUUUUUUUGUGUUCCGCAGGUUGCUUAAAAACAUUGGUUUGAGAUAAUGGUGAUAGAUAAGAUACUUAUUCCACACAUUAUUUUAAAUUGUGAUAGGUUACAGGUUUGCUUAAUUUUAAAUAUAAACAAUGUUUUUAUUGACAUAAUUAUGUAUUUAAAACAUUUUUUUAACUUAGGGCACACCUGCAAUUAUGUGUGGAUGGAUAAUGACAUCAAGAGUAGUAGACAGGCAUUCUUGGGAGGCCUUUCAAGUGGCUUAAAAAAUCCUCAGAAAGGAAAGAGGCUGAUUAUCACACAUAUAGGGAAUGAAGAUGGUUUUUUAGAAGGCGCAGAUUGGGUUUUUGAAGCAAAAAAGUCAGAUGGCGAUUAUCACGGGGAAAUGGAUGCUCAUAAUUUUGAGAAAUGGUUUAAGAUGGUUUUAGACAAAAUUCUGCCGGGAUCUGUAAUUGUAAUGGAUAAUGCUCCAUACCAUUCUCGCCAACUCGAACGAGUGCCCAACAUGAGCUGGAGGAAGGAUGCUAUACAAGAAUGGUUACGAAGCAAAAAUAUAGCUUUCGAAACAAGGGAAAUAAAAGCACAGUUACUCACAAAAUUUGAUAAAAAAAAAUAUGUUUUAAAAUACGUUGACGAGCUCGCCGCAUCGAAAGGAGUAACUGUGCUUCGCCUUCCUCCCUACCACUGCGAACUCAACCCAAUUGAGCUCAUUUGGGCACAGGUUAAGUCUUAUGUUGGGAGAAAUAAUAAAUCUUUUAAAAUGGCGGAAAUAAAAACUUUAUUAAACGAAGGGUUUGCGAGAAUCGGAGCCAAACAAUGGUCGAAAUGUGUAAAUCACGUCCUAAAGGAAGAGGAAGAACUGAAAAAGCUCGACGGCAUUUUAGACACAACAAGCGAUGACACAGUGGUUCCAUUAAUAAUUGCAGUCACCGGCGACACUUCUGAUAGUGAUGAUGACGAAGACGAAGAUUUAAAUUUGUAAAUAAAUAAACACUUUUUUAUAUAUAAUCAGUUUUAUUUUAUAGUCUAUGGCUUAUAUAUUUAAUCUAUUUAGUCAGUUAUAUUUUAGUACCUAUCCUACUAUGGGCCAUAGUCUAUGACUUAAAAUUAAAAUAAUUAGAAAAAUUUAAUUAGAACACUAUGACAUCACUAUGGGCAUAAACAAUACGCUGUCAAUGUCAGUCCGCCAUAUUUGU